AUGGCUGCAGUCCGCGCUUUUGCACUGUCGUGGCUCCUUGUGCGUGUCGAUUUGAGCAGGUCGCAGAGAGACCGUGAGGCAUGGCUACCAGAGACGCAGCUUGAACGGGAAGGCCGUGAGUCGUGCAUGAAGCGCUUCAGAAGCACCGACUUCUCGCAGCAAGGGUUCCAAUCCGAAUGGCUCAACCCAUACAACAGAUCCGCUUUCAUCGACUGUCUCUACAAGUUGCGGACACGGUGGCGGCCGAGAGAAAAAACCGUCCAUGCAGGAGGCAUCCACUACCCAACUUUGAUAACAGCUCAUCACACAUGGCCUCCGGUCUCAACCAGCGGUGCGCGGCUGUGUUGGCUGGAUGAGUUGGGAGUCAGUCGAAACAGCAUAGAUCCCGGGCAGUGCUGCGACACGAUGCACGGCCCUCGGGGCUUCGAAGAAUGCUGGGAUGACUACUUCACCUACGAGCUUUGCUGCUUGGGCGAUGUCAAUGUGGCGGAGAUGCCACACUUCUUUGUGGCGCCAGCAUUCGACAUCAACGUUGGCAAUUCUGUGCGUCAGCUUGGAACCUUCGACUUGGGCCAAUCGUACGCUUUGCAGACGCUAUGUCGGACUGGGGAUGCCGUCAUCGAUGUUGGUGCCAACGUUGGUGGGUUCACCGUACCAUUAGCUGAGCGUGUUGGCCCUGACGGUGAAGUGCAUGCCUUCGAGCCUUUCCGCAAGGUGUUCCAGCACCUGAAUGCAAACGUCGCUUUGAACGGCUUGAGCAAUGUCUACACAUACAACAUCGCUCUGGGGACAAAGGAAGAGGAGGUCGCUGCCUUUGUACCCGACCUCACAAGCUUCAAUUUCCCAUCUGCUAUACGAGUUCUCGACCAGUUCGGACCCGACAAGGCAGCCAAAGAAGCCAAUCUCCGAUACGAACCACGUCAGGAGACUUUGACAGUCCGCCCUUUGGACAACAUCAAGUUCGACAAACGUAUCAGUUUGAUAAAAAUCGAUGUUGAGUUCAUGGAAUGGCAUGUGGUGCGUGGGGCGCGCCAGACCAUAAAAAAGAAUCAGCCGCUGAUAUGGGUCGAGAACGAGGCCUACUUCGACGAUCCAGCAAAUCUGACGUUCGUCAACACCAUGUACUCCGAUCUAGGUUACGUCUGUAGUCCUGUGGCAAGGUUGGAGUUGCUCUGCAGCCCUGGAAAGGAAUCGGGCGGUCAGCUAGUUGCGGAUGAGUCUCUGUUGCCAGCAGGCUUCAAAAGAGUCUUCCGUCAUCUGAGUGGCGAGUUCAAAGAUGUUCAUCUUUGGCGAGCGCUUUCAGAGGCCGAGGAGUCGGUCAUGGCCGUGGCGGCAGAGGAGCGGAGCGAGCGCGGCCUGCAAGUGACCAGGGGCUCCCCGCCCCGGGCCUCCACCGUGCGAGUGCUGCGGCAAAGCCCCGCAGCAGAAGAUGUGCUGGUGCGGGUGCAGGCACCCGAUGUCUCACGAAAUUCCGUCAGCGCGACUUACGAGCGAGAGGUGGCGGCACUAACACCCACGGAUGUUCUUCUUUGUCAGCGCGCCCUCAUUGUGUCCAAAGCUGACCAGUCGGACGCAGCAACCUUUGUUCCCGGAACAUUUUUUGCCGGGAAGGUCUUAGCCUUUGGCGACUUGGUUCAAGGUCUUCGCAUAGGCGAGCUUGUCCUUGGCAUCGUGGAUCCCUCCUUCCAGGUCUUGCGUGGCAGCUCCCAGGAAGCCGAAGCCACAUGGGCAAAGCCUGGCAUGGGAGCAUGCCUGAUGCACACGCUUCUGAGGUCGGCGUCGGAAGAGGGCGGAUGCUAUCGCGAAACCGUCAGUGCUCACUUCUCGAUGUUGCUUCCCUUGGAUGGCGUCGACCCCAAGCUACCUCUCACUGCGCUCGUGGCCCACGUGCCACCCAUGAUCAGUGCCUUGAUGUGCAUGGCCUCGUUGCGGUUGAGGCCCAUGGAGGCUUUGUUGCUGAUCGCACCAUCGCUGGACGAGAUCGCCUUCCUGCUGCAGCGUUUGCUGAUCAGUGCAUGGCAUGGGCCCCUCUACAUGGUGCUCCUCUCGGGCCCUGCACCCUCGCGCCAAGAUCUUCAGCAGCACCCCCUGCUGCAGCCACUGGUGCCUUCGGCAGGCAGAAGCUUUCUGGAUGACAUGCUGGGCAUUUCCAUCCAGGACCGCCUCGAGGGCUUGACCCAGGCCCGGGCGCAGCUGGCAGUGGUGUUGGCGGAGAUCGUCACGGAGGUUCUGACAAGCACCGGCGGGCUUGGUGUGGAGGCUGUUCUCGCUUUGGAUGUGGACCUGUGCCCUGACAAGGACUUGGUUCCUGAGCAUUCCACGGACCUGGAUGCUGCAUGUGUGGCUCUGGAGCCCUGUGAUCGACCACCUGCGGUGCUCCGAACGCUUGUUGGAGCACUUGCGAUGAGGGGCCGGUUGCUGACGAACUGUGAGAGGUUUGAGCUUUCGCCAGAUGAUGGCCAUCACCUCUGGGCAAAAGAGUGCUCUGUGGCUUUCGUGAACCCACAUUGUUUGCCACUCUCGGGAAGCCGUCACGGUGAGCUGCUGCAUGCAGCUAUUGAGAUUUGCGGGAAGAUUGCAGCAGGUGAGCUUGCUGUUGCCGAAUCAGAGGUAGCUCAAUUCUAUCUUUUCGAUCAAUUCCAACAAGCCCUGGAUGUCAUGAGCGCCAAGCGAGAGCGACGCGGCGUCCGGAAGUACAGCAGUGUUGGCGCAGGCAAUCGGAGCAAGCACCUGAGGCGCAUUGCUGGUGGCAUUGGUUCUUUAAGCGACAGCACGAUCCAAGAAAAAAUCGAAGAAGCCGUGCAUGCAGACAGGAUGCGUGUCCAGGAGCUGGCACGCAGGCUGUAUGCGGAGGAGAUGGCGCAGCUUGAGGCAUUGUUCGAAAAGAUGCUGUCCGGGUCACAAGAAUCCCAGUGUCGUCCCCGUGUUGCACGCAUCUCGCACUGCAGUGUAGGAAGUCAGGAGCUUCUUUUCUGCAAUUCAGCGAACUUUUUGUGCUUAGAGCUGAUCGUUGCCGAAUCGAAUCUAUCUCCUCAGAUCAGAGGUUGGGUCAUGGGGAACUCGUAUGCUUUGGGGAUUGUGGGCAAGCAAAGCCCAGGCGAGCAGCUGGCUUCUCUGGACCCUGUGAUGGCUGCAAGCCCUGAGGAGCGGGAAGAAGUCGAGGAGAUGUGGGCUUGCUGGCUCCGGGGCGAAAAACUCGACGAUGGCUUGCAGAUCGAUUCGGGGACAAAGGACUCCCAGGCUUACUCUUUGCACGCCAUCCAUGCACUGAUGACCGAAUUCAGAAAAGCCCCUGCGCUAACGAUCCGCGCUGCCUUCGAGCAGGCGGGAACCUACAGCCAAGCACGCUCAAUUCUGGAGGCGAGCGAAGACAACGAAUCGUUGAAGUGCUCCCGGCCAAAGAAGCCUGCACCUCCUUGUGAAGUACCAGCGAUGCUGCAGAAAGAAAUGGACCUCGGGCCCGACGCUGUCGCCAUCGGCGAGGCAUUCACAAAGCGAAAGCAGGCUCGGGCUGAGCGAAUCCGAGAACUGAAAGCUCUCGGCGGUCUCGGCACUUGUGGGUGCUGCUUUGAUGAUGAGCUCCUGCCAGAGGAGGAGCUGCGGUGUACCGGAGCGGCUGGGCAUGGUUUCUGCAUUCCAUGUGUCAAGCGCGCGGCACUGGAGUUUUUUGGACGGGGAUUGUUCACCUUGAACUUGAGCGGGGGUAGCUCACAAGACCCAAGCAGCUCCGCGGGGAGGAGUGAUGCUGGGAUCCCGGGUUUGAGCUGUUCAAAACUCGGUUGCCUGGACACUUCUGGUUGUCAAGGCCAUUUCACGGACACGGCUCUGCGGAAGGCUCUGCCGAAGAAGGACUACGCUCGGUACUCACGGCGCUCAGCCGCACUUGAAGCGGCAAACUCUGGUCUAACAGACCUGGUCGCAUGCCCCAGUUGCGACUUCAUGGUGCAGAUGACAGAUCCCAAUGAUGGCAUUGUAAGGUGCUUGGAUCCGGAGUGUGGUCAGACAACAUGCCGCUGGUGCAUGAAGCCCGAGCACAGCCCGUUGAAGUGCGAUGAAGUCGAGGAGGACGGAGAGACAAAAAUCAGGACGUUCCUGGAAGAGAGGAUGGCAGAGGCAGCCCUCCGGAGGUGUCCCAACAAGAGAUGCCGGAAACCCUACGAAAGGGAAGAGGGCUGCAACCACAUCAAGUGUCCCUGCGGGACACACAGCUGCUAUCUCUGCGGCCAAGAGUUAGACAAAAAGAGGCCCUACGACCACUACAAGGAUGGCCAUCUGGGUGGAGGCAAGAACGACUCUUCCUCCAAAUGUAUUGUGUAUGGGACUCCGGCUUGGGCUGAGAAGACUGCGAAGCAAAAACAGCAGGAGACAGAGGAAGCACUGAAGCAAUACUUGAAGGAAAAUCCAGAACUCAAGGAGAUUGCUGCAGGCUCCAGCGAGGCGAAGAAAAAGAGGUUAAAGCAGUUGAUGCAGACGACUCCAGAAAAGCGGAAUCGUGGGAAGUCGAGAAAAGAGAACGACAUUCCCAACCUUCAAGUCGACACAGCUUGUGCCGUACAGUGA